CCCAGCAUGCUGGGCGCUCACGGCAGCCUCCCUGCAGACCGAGCUCUGCUCAGCCAGGCCCCCAAGACUGGACUCAGCUGCAAAAUGGUGCUUCAGGCAGUUGGCAAAGUGCUCAGGAAGUCCAAAGCGAAGCCCAACGGGAAGAAGCCGGCAGCGGAGGAGAAGAAGGCGUACCUGGAGCCCGAGCACGCCAAGUCCAGGAUCACCGACUGCGAGUUCAAGGAGCUGGUGGCGCUGCCCCGGGAGAUCGACCUCAAUGAGUGGCUGGCCAGCAACACCACCACGUUCUUCCACCACGUCAACCUGCAGUACAGCACCGUCUCGGAGUUCUGCACGGGGGAGGCCUGCCAGACCAUGGCCGUGUGCAACACACAGUACUACUGGUAUGACGAGCGGGGGAAGAAGGUCAAGUGCACGGCCCCCCAGUACGUGGACUUUGUCAUGAGCUCUGUGCAGAAGCUGGUGACGGACGAGGACGUGUUUCCCACGAGAUACGGCCGCGAGUUCCCCAGCUCCUUCGAGGCGCUGGUGAAGAAGAUCUGCAGGUACCUGUUCCACGUGCUGGCCCACAUCUACUCGUCCCACUUCAAGGAGACCCUGGCCCUCGAGCUGCACGGACACUUGAACACGCUGUACGUCCACUUCAUCCUCUUCGCCAGGGAGUUCAACCUGCUGGACCCCAAAGAGACCGCCGUCAUGGACGACCUCACGGAGGUGCUCUGCAGCAGCGGGGGCCGCGGCGGGGGCGGGGACGGGGCCAGCGGCGGGGGCGCGGGGGCACAGAACCACGUCAAGGAGAGGUGAGCGCACCGGACCGGCUGCACGUGUGCAGAGACGGCGCGUGUGUCUGUGCCCGCCUGUGUGCUCACGUGCCGGG